GCUUUCCCGGCCGCCCCUCCCGCCCCGCGUCGAGGCAGACAAGCCUGUUCCUCUUCCCUUGGCUGCGAUUGCGACAGGCCGGCCUGGCUCCCAGCGCUCCCUGUCCCCGCCCCGCGGCCAGCUCGCUCCACUCCCACUUCCUGAGCUCCGCCGUGGGAGCCCUGGAGGCCCGGCCUGGCCGCUCCCGGCCCUGGGGGGCACAUCGGCCCUGAGUCCCGUCCCAGGCUCUGGGCUCAGGCAGCUGCCGCCACCGCUGCCCAGGGCGUCCGGCCUCCUGCCUUCCUCCCAGGCCCCCACUCUGCUGGCCGCCUGGCCAAGUGGCCGCCAUGCGCCUGCCUUGGGCCACCUCUGCCCCCGGCCUGGCCUGGGGGCCUCUGGUGCUGGGCCUCGUCGGGCUCCUGGCAGCGUCCCAGCCCCAGGUGGUGCCUCCAUACGGGUCGGAGAACCAGACCUGCAGGGACCAGGAAAAGGAAUACUAUGAGCCCAGGCACCGCAUCUGCUGCUCCCGCUGCCCGCCAGGCACCUAUGUCUCAGCUAAAUGUAGCCGCAGCCGGGACACAGUUUGUGCCACAUGUGCCGAAAAUUCCUACAACGAGCACUGGAACUACCUGACCAUCUGCCAGCUGUGCCGCCCCUGUGACCCAGGUGAGUGGGGAUGUGCCUGCGGGGGGCUAGAUCCCCUGGAGCUGGGCCCCUCCCUAACCCCUCCCGUCUCCCCACCAGUGAUGGGCCUCGAGGAGACUGCCCCCUGCACAAGCAAACGGAAGACCCAGUGCCGCUGCCAGCCGGGAAUGUUCUGUGCUGCCUGGGCCCUCGAGUGUACACACUGCGAGCUACUUUCUGACUGCCCGCCUGGCACUGAAGCUGAGCUCAAAGAUGAAGUUGGGAAGGGUAACAACCACUGCGUCCCCUGCAAGGCAGGACACUUCCAGAAUACCUCCUCCCCCAGCGCCCGCUGCCAGCCCCACACCAGGUGUGAGGACCAAGGUCUGGUGGAAGCAGCUCCAGGCACUGCCCAGUCUGACACGACCUGCAGAAAUCCAUCAGAGUCGCUGCCCCCAGAGAUGUCAGGAACCAUGCUGAUGCUGGCCAUCCUGCUGCCACUGGCCUUCUUUCUGCUCCUUGCCACCAUCUUUGCCUGCAUCUGGAAGAGCCACCCUUCUCUCUGCAGGAAACUGGGAUCGCUGCUCAAGAGGCGUCCACAGGGAGAGGGACCUAAUCCUGUAGCUGCAGGCUGGGACCCUCCAAAGGCCAAUCCACACUUCCCUGACCUGGUAGAGCCACUGCUGCCCAUCUCUGGAGAUGUUUCGCCAGUAUCCACUGGGCUUCCCACAGCCCUAGUUUUGGAGGAAGGGGUGCCGCAACAGCAGAGUCCUCUGGACCUGACCAGGGAGCCGCAGUUGGAACCUGGGGAGCAGAACCAGGUGGCCCACGGUACCAAUGGCAUUCAUGUCACUGGCGGGUCUAUGACUAUCACUGGCAACAUCUACAUCUACAAUGGACCAGUACUGGGGGGACCACCGGGUCCUGGAGAUCUCCCAGCUACCCCCGACCCUCCAUACCCCAUUCCCGAAGAGGGGGACCUGGGCCCUCCCGGGCUCUCUACACCCCACCAGGAAGAUGGCAAGGCUUGGCAUCUGGCAGAGACAGAGCACUGUGGUGCCACGCCCUCUAAUAGGGGCCCAAGGAGCCAAUUUAUCACCUAUGACUGAUGGCAUCUGAGAAAAGGCAGAAGAUUGGAGGCACAAGGGCACCUUCUCCCUUGAGGCCACCCUGCCCAUGUGGGAUUCACAGGGGGCCUGAGUAGGGCCCGGGGAGGCAGAGCCCUAAGGGACGAACGCUCAGACACCUGCGAGAGCAGGUGGGCACUGGCUGGGUACGAUGCCCUCCACAGGACUCUCCCUACUGCCUGAGCAAACCUGAGGCCUCCUGGCAGGCCCGCCCACCCACUGGGGCUGCUCAGCCUCGGGCACGGACAGGGCACAUGAUACCAACUGCUGCCCACUAUGGCACGCCGCACCGGAGCAUGGCACCGAGGGAGCCGCCACAUGGUCACCUCCAAGGACGUCACCGGGCCCUCUAAAGGAUUCGUGGUGCUCAUCCCCAAGCUUCAGAGGCCAUUUGGGGCUCCACACUUCACAUGGACUGAGGUAGACCCUGCAUGAGGAUGAAAUUAUAGGGAGGACGCUCCUUCCCUCCCCUCCUAGAGGAGAGGAAAGGGAGUCAUAAACAACUAGGGGGUUGGGUAGGAUUCCUAGGUGUGGGGAAGAGUUUUGGAAGGGGAGGAAAAUGGCGAGUGUAUUUAUAUUGUAACCACAUGCAAAUAAAAAGAAUGGGACCUAGAUAA